UUCUCGAGCAUUGACGAGAUUUGGCAUGGAGCCGUUUUCUCGGAGUUGCAACAAGAGGAAAUUCCUCGUCAUCGCAGUGGCGACCCUGUCGAGCAUCAUAUUCAUGGCCCAGAUAAGGAAGGCAGAAAUCGCAACGGCGCCGCAUCCCGUCCAUCGAGUAGUCGAGCAACAGGAACGCCGUACGACACUGCCUACUGAACAGCUUUCAGAAGACAUGGCACCGCAGGGCUGCCAGCACCGAAUCGACUCUCUGGAUGGACCAGGACCAGACGAGGAGUGGCACAGUGGUGGCUGGGCAGUCCGCCAGCUUUGCAGCCAACCUCUGGACACACUGUUCUUCGUGCACACGGCGCCGAAGAACUGGAAACGCCGUGCUCAGCUGCGUGCCACUCUGUUCGAAGAGGCCGCCCGGACCGCUUUCAACUGGACCGGCAUCUUCUUCAUUGGGAAACACGAAGACCCCCUGGUGAACAUGUGGACGAAGCUCGAGGUAGGCGCUACAGGGGACGUCGUGAUGCUACCCUACAACGACACCUUCUUUACAAUUAUCCACAAGUUCGUCGGCGGCAUGCGAUGGGUGACCGAGUACUGUCCCAACGUGCGCACCAUCGUCAAGAUCGACGAUGACGUAGGCGUACAGCCGUUCCAGCUUCGGCAAUACCUGGACGAGGAGCUGCCAAAGAAUAACGACUCUAUACAUUGCUACGUGUGGGUGGACAAUGAUGUAUACCGUGACCCCAACAGCAAGUACUGCGUCCCGGAAGACGACCUCGUCCAAGACGUCUACCCUUUGUACUGUUCUGGUAGGUCCAUGAUCAUGACGAUGGAAACGAUGCGGAAGCUUUUCAGGGCAUCGAAGAUUGUCAAGGGUUACGCCAUUGACGACGCCUACGUGAGCGGGCACCUCGCUUUGUUCGCAAACGUUGGACACGUAAACAUCAGUUCACGCAUGGACUGGGAUUCCGCAGACAGCACUGAAUCCAUGGUCAGAGGAAAUCUGACCUUCACACACAAGAAAUUCGCACAUGAAACUUCCAUUGUCCGCAGAGGGCAGUGGGGACUGAUGCUCUGGAUGCAUAUGAUGCAGACUCCUGGUCGGCGCGCAUUGAACUUCUCCGACCGACUUGUGGAUAGGUUGUACCGACGCGAUUUUUUUAAGACACGACGCUCCUUAAAGAAAGGGCAUUACUUGCGAUCGCGUUCCGAUCGCCAACACCGUGUGGCACAUUCGAACCGUAGUGCCGAGUCUGUAAAGAGAAGAAUGAUAUCACAAUCUUGAGCCGCCAGUUUUUUCAUUGCGGUUCCUCGGAAAUAAAUGUGUCCGCCAACCUAUACGCGGACAACCUAUACUGACGCGAUUAUUGUAUUAGACGAGGCACCGUAAAGCAAGGACAAUGUUCGCGAUUGCUUGAGCAUUAUUCGCAUUAGAGCAAACACCGCGUUGCACGUUCGGAACUAAAUGUCGAGUCGGAAAAGAGAAUCAUAUCACAAACUUGAGCGGCUAAUUUAGAACAUUGCGGUUCCUCGGACAUGUCAUGUUGCUGCCAACUUGAACCGUCCG